CGGGAAGGGGGAAGCGCCGAGGCUGCCUGACUGGAAUCCCGGGAGCUGCAGCGACGGCGGCCGCGGGAGCAGGGCCGGCCAUGGCGGUGUGGACACGGGCCACCAAAGCGGGACUGGUGGAGCUCCUUCUAAGGGAGCGCUGGGUGCGGGUGGUGGCCGAACUCAGCGGCGAGAGCCUCAGCCUGACGGGUGACGCGGCGGCGGGCGAGCCCGAGCCGCCGGCUGCCGCCUUCAACGGUCUCCCGAACGGCGGCGGCAGCGACUCGCUUCUCAAAUUCAUCCGAGAAGUAACACCGUAUAUCAAGAAGCCAUCUUUAGUAUCAGAUCUGCCCUGGGAAGGUGCCACUCCCCAGUCACCAAACUUCAGUGGCAGUGAAGACUCUGGUUCUCCAAAGAAUCAGAACAGCACCAAGGACAGGAAGGUCAUCCCUCUCAAAAUGUGCUUUGCUGCCAGAAACCUAAGCAUGCCAGAUCUGGAGAACAGAUUGAUAGAGCUACAUUCUCCUGAUAGCAGGAACACCUUGAUCCUACGCUGCAAAGAUACGGCCACAGCACACUCCUGGUUCGUAGCUAUCCACACCAACAUAAUGGCUCUCCUCCCACAGGUAUUGGCUGAACUCAAUGCCAUGCUUGGUGCAACCAGUACAGCGGGAGGCAGCAAGGAAGUCAAGCAUAUUGCCUGGCUGGCAGAACAGGCAAAACUAGAUGGUGGAAGACAGCAGUGGAGGCCUGUUCUCAUGGCUGUGACCGAGAAGGAUUUGCUCCUUUACGAUUGUAUGCCAUGGACAAGAGAUGCCUGGGCAUCACCAUGUCAUAGCUACCCUCUUGUUGCCACAAGGUUGGUUCAUUCAGGUUCUGGAUGUCGGUCACCCUCCCUUGGAUCUGACCUUACCUUUGCUACAAGAACGGGCUCUCGGCAGGGCAUUGAGAUGCAUCUCUUCAGGGUUGAAACUCAUCGGGAUUUGUCCACCUGGACCAGAAUACUUGUUCAGGGUUGUCAUGCUGCUGCUGAGCUGGUCAAGGAAGUCUCCCUAGGCUGCACCUUAAGUGGCCAAGAGGUAAGAUUUACUGUCCACUAUGAGCAUGGGUUCACUAUCUCCAGAGACAACGGCAGCUCCAGCAGCAUACUGUACCGCUAUCCUUUUGAACGGCUGAAGAUGUCUGCUGAUGAUGGCAUCAGAAAUCUCUAUCUGGAUUUUGGUGGUCCUGAGGGAGAACUGACUAUGGACCUGCAUUCUUGUCCAAAGCCGAUUGUAUUUGUGUUGCACACGUUCUUAUCCGCCAAAGUCACUCGAAUGGGACUGCUUGUAUGAGCAGCGGCGAGAGUCAAGAAAGAGCUUCGACUGUCACUAGAAGUAUUUCCACCUCAAAAAAAUAAAAAUCAAAAAAAGCAACAACAAAGAAGCACAAAAAGAAGCCCUGCUCUGCUCCAUCACAGUGCCUUCCCACAAACCUCAGAUCACUGCUGAAACCACAGGGUUAAAGAAGGGCCGACCUUUCCCACGCAGCCUUGGUCAGGAGUUCUAGAACUGUAAUAAGCUCCAAAUUGAAGCUGUUGAUUUGUCGUCUCAUAUUGUGAUCGCUAAGUAAUUGUGUUUAUUUCCCGUUAGGAAGGCUGGCUCUUUGGGUUUCUCUUUGGUUACAAACAGUCAGAGAAGUUCUCCUUUUCUUCCUGCAGGGUUUGUUUGGGGCUUGGCCUUGAGCUCUUAUUAGGAUAACUGUUGCUCCCCAGAUGCUAGUGUCCAGCAGCCCAUCAUCCCUCCGGCAUCCCACACAGGUCGACUGCACACAGUGUUCCUGUCUUUACCUGUAAUUCCCCAAUGGUUCGUCCAUGCACCCUGGCUCUCACUCACCUCACCCUGCCCCACACCCCACCUCUGACCCCAGCUCUGCCGCUCAUGAGUGCUGUCUUUAGUCCGGUUGCCUUUGCCCUCACUCCCCUUUUUGGUGGUUGGCCAAGUUGAAAAUCCAGUUGGAAACCGCUUCUCUGAAAAAGGAGUUUACUUCCUUUAGUUUUUAUUGAGUUUAUAUUUGGUAGGAGCCUGGGGAUGGUCUAAAGUUUAUUUUGCAAGAAAGAUUCUUAUUCUAAGCUAAGCCAUUUCUUAUUGCUUACCAAAUGUGCCUUUGGUUAGGUUCUGUGGAGCUUUAUUCGUGACUGUUUAGCUGAUUGGAUCUCACUGCCAUUCUAGGAAGACCAUCUAGCUUUAAGGAGUCAACCUUUAGGUCGCUUCCUCAAUGGCAUCUUUUGGUGGUGACUUUGUGGGUCGUUAGCUUUGCAGCACAGAUGCCAUGUCAAGUGGCACUGUGGGGCCAGGAAAGAUCCUGGCACUGGACUUUUGUGGUCCCAAAGUGGUAAAGGACAAGUCGCCUCCAGCUCUUCCCCACACACCCUGAGUGGGUGGAGUGAUCAGACGCUCGGCAGCUGCCUACUUAGGUUCAGCUCAGUGUCAUCAGGACUCAGCCUCAGGGUGCUUUCUGAUGUUGUGGCCUGGAUAAAUCAUAUCCAGCUUCUUUUUCCUGGCUUGGAAGAAAAUAGAUGUGUGUAGAAACAUUUCAAAUAGUCUCGCUACAUAAAAUACCCAGAUUAGCACAAUCCGUAAAUCAGAACAAAAAGAAAUAUUGCCUUAGAGUUUUCUAUGCUCUCUGAAAAAAAGUCUAGAAAUAGCUCUCAUUUUCUAGAUUUCUCUGGAGUGUGCUACACAGACAUGUAAUGCUUCAGAUGGCAUAGGGGAGAAAAAGAAAGAAAACAACUGUUCAUGCAGAGCCUGAGGUGUGAAGUUCGGGUGCCUUGACUGGCGAUAGAGGAAAGGACAGAUCCCCAAGUAAAGGAGGUGCCCACUGUCCUCCGCCUUCUCUGUGGUCAGACUGAUGGUGUGCAGAGGCUGAGGAGGAAUGCCCCCCCACCCCAGCUUCGGAUAGGUAUUGGCGCACCAAAAACAAAUGUUGGGAUUUACUUUAAACUAGAAACUAAGAUCUAAAGGACAUCUUUCUAGAACUUUUUAUAUUUUAAGUAGUUGUAAUCCUGAGAUUGGAUCCAUCCAUGAUACAUCUUCUGCUCAAAAAAAGAAAGGAAAAAACGUAUUUCAAAGGUCCAGCCGAGUUCAGAAAGCAGAACUACAACAGAUAACCUCAGGCGGAAGCUCAGAUGCUCUUGUUGUUAGAAGUUAUGAACGGCACAGGCUUCAGUGAUAGAGUUGAAGUCUUCCAUAUUGGUGGGAAAGGCUAAGCCACCCAGAAGACUGAUGGGAGGUCCUGCCACCCUGUCCUUAGAAGGGCAGUGAGUGGUGUGAGGACUGCAGCCCAUUCAGUCCUGGUAGACAAUGAAGGCUUAUGGGUGAUGUGUCAUUAACAGCCCAGAGAACCAGGCCUCUAAGCCGCUUGUUUCAGAAGCUGCCGCAGCUCCCCCAGGCAUAUGUGCAGCUAAUUGUGUCACAUUUUUCAAACCACAAGUGAAAGGCUUUUUGUGAGUGUUGGACAACUUAAUACAUACCUGUAGUAUCAAUGUUGUACUCAAAUGCCAAAAUAUAAAAUAGUUUCAAUAUUAUAUAAUAACUAAAAAUGGACAUCCCUGUUAAUUCACCUCAUUUAUAGAAUCAGCUAAAUUGUCUUUUUUCUUUUGACUAUUGUGGGAUCCUGGGUGUCGAGUGGAAAGGAAACUGUUCAGGUGGACUAUUUCCUAGGUAUCUUUGCCUUCCAUACCUGGAUUGCUAGCCCUGGGCAGAGAAGUCUCCUCCCCCCAAGAGAGAGGACUAAAGGAAGCUGAUGUUGUCUACAAGCCUUGCCCAGAAAUUGGUAUCAAAUAUUUUAUACAAGAAAUGCUCCUGUGUGUUUGCUGUACCUAUUAGAUGAUUAUAAGUAAAGGCACCAACUUAUAAACAGUUCAGGUUAAAUUCUGGGAUAUUAUAGGCAAUCAGAAAUGUUACUUUAAUUACCAUCUGCCUAUUUUGAAGCCAUGUUUAGCACUUUUCAGACCAGGGUAAGUCUGAUCAUGCCUGGUGGGGUUUCUUGUUUUUGUUUUUGUCUGAACUCUUAAGUUUGUUACUGGAAAUUAUUUGCAUGGUAGGAGAGAUUGAAUUAUUUAUUUUUUUAUAUGUAGAAAAAUCUCUCUAGCCAACAGAAAGCUAACAUUGUUUCUAAUUUGUUUUACUAACAUCCUCCUGAAAGAAUAGUAGCAAAGCUUUUAUUCAAGAAUAAAUGCACUUAGCUGAUAAACCAAAAUUUAUUCUUUCAAAAGAGGAAAUUAUUAUCACCAAAAAAAAUAUUAAACUUGAACUUUGAACAUGAUUAUCCCCCCCCCCGCAAGAAAAAGGUUUUACUAUGAAUGGUUUGGAUGAACAAAAAUGUGUGGAGAGGAUUACUGAUUUCUUAAAAUUUUGUAAGAAACUCAAAGUCUUCUUGUUUAAUUUAAAUUCGUGUGGAUUUGUUUUCAAAUUCAUUGAAGAAUCUGCCCGUGUGUUAAUGCAAAUCACCUUCCAAGCUGCUAUGCAAACUAAUAUUGAAGCCUCACCUACUAAGAGGGUUCAGCAGUUUUGAAGUGUUGAGGAAAGAGACUCCAGCACUUUCUCUGUUCUUUUGUAUCUUUGGUGGACACUUACCUGGAUCAUAAUUUAUUAUUCGCACUGGUUCAAGCUAUUGAUUGUACAUUAUAUUUAAACUAUCCAAACAUUCUGCUUUUAUUCCCAAGUAGCUGCCAGCAGCUCUAGGUACCAAGAAUGAACUGAGUCCUUAGAAAGCUGGGUCGGGGCAGUGGUGCACUCCUUUAAUCCCAGCACUCAGGAGGCAGAGGCAGGCAGAUCUCUGUGAGUUUGAGGCCAACCUGGUUUACAGUGUGAGUUCCAAGACAGACAAAGCUACAAAGAGAAGAUAAACAAAACAACAACAACAACAAAAAAGAAAUCUGGGCUUGGUGGUUAAGAGGGCUUGCUACUGAACCAUGAGGACUGGAGCUCAGAUCCCAGCACCCAUGUCCAACGGCCCAGGAAAGCAAGGAAGCAAACAAGCUCCUCAUCUCUAGUGAGGAAGUCAAAUGCAGGUCGCUUAGCUCUUAAAAGCACAUUGCUCUGGAUGGUAUUUAAUAUGUAGCACUACAGUGGGAAUCUGAGUACUUGGGAAGCUCAACCAGGUUUGCCAGGCACCAGGACUACACAACAAGACUGUUUCAAAACAACAAUAAAAUUCUAGUACCUGGUAGCUGCAGGCAGAGAAUUAAAGAUUAGUUGUAUAGCCAGUUCAAGGCCAACUGGAUUGUAUAUGAUCCUGUCUGGAAAAAAUAAAAUAGAUAAAUUUGAAAUUGCAAGAACUUUAGUUGAAUUUUACUUUAGUUGAAUUCUACAAAAAUCAUACUCAUUCCUUCAAAUGUUUUGGUCAGGCACAUGAAC